GUUUUUCUGGACUUCUUUGAGCACGCUCCAGCCAAGCAGAGAACGGAGAUGAUCGAGUCCAUCAGAGAGGCGGUCGUGUACAUGGCGCACACACACGACGGAGCCAGAGUCACCAUGCACUGCUUAUGGCACGGCACACCCAAGGACCGAAAAGUUGUAGUAAAAACGUUGAAAUCAUACAUUGCAAAGUUUGCAAUGGGUGAAUAUGCUCAUCUUGUACUAUUGGCUGCAUUCGAUUGCAUUGAUGACACGAAGUUGGUUAAACAAAUUAUCAUCUCAGUAAGUGCUCUUUAGUUUUUCUUUAUUAGUUGGUGGUUUGUGUGUUAUUUAGC